AUGGCAUCAGCAGCGGCAGUGGUGACGGUGUCUUCUCCCCUCACCUGCCACAACAAAGCCCAAACGCGGGCAAUCUUGCCUCAGAGCUCUGCCUCAAACUCCACCACCUUUACUAACUCUUCCAUUAGAUCUAGUAUCUGUAAAUUUAGCAAACUUAGGCUACAAAGCGUCCUAGUGAAACGAACCCACGUCUUGAAUCAGGUCCGUUGUCCUUCUGAUUCGUGCCUGGGCUCGGAUUCUCCAACCGUUGAUUCUCUUCCUCUGAGGAUUGGAAUCAUUGGGUUCGGGAACUUCGGGCAGUUCAUCUCCAAGGCCUUCAAGCGACAGGGCCACAUUGUCUUGGCCACCUCUCGCUCCGACUACUCCGAAUACUGUCAGCAUAACGGGAUCGAGUUCUACAGAAACAUCGACGCCUUAUGUGAAGAGCAACCGGACGUGAUACUGGUGUGCAGCUCUAUCUUGUCGACGGAGACGGUGCUGCGUGGCAUUCCUCUGCACAAGCUGAGGUCCGACACCAUUUUCGCCGACGUCUUAUCGGUCAAACAGUUCCCCAGAAACCUAUUCCUGGAGGUACUCCCCUCGGAAUUUGGUAUUGUCUGUACUCACCCAAUGUUUGGACCGGAGAGUGGAAAACACGGUUGGGCCGGAUUACCGUUUGUUUACGACAAGGUCCGGAUGGCCCAAAGCACGGUUCAGGAACAGAAAUGCGCGCAGUUCUUGAGCAUCUUUGAACAGGAGGGUUGCACAAUGGUGGAGAUGUCGUGCGAAGAGCACGACCGGCAUGCCGCGGGCAGCCAAUUUAUCACACACACCAUUGGAAGGAUCUUGUCACAUCUAAACUUGGAGUCCACACCCAUUAAUACCAAGGGCUACGAGACUCUCCUGCAACUGACUGAAAAUACGGUCAGUGACAGCUUUGAUCUAUACUAUGGACUGUUUAUGUACAACGUGAAUGCCACAGAACAGAUCGAGAAUCUGGAUAGAGCAUUCGAGACGGUGAAACAGAAACUAUUCGGGAGACUCCAUGAUAUACUGAGGAAACAGAUCGUAGAGAGGGUCCCAUUACAAGGGACCUCCUCAUCAUCAUCAUCAACAACAACAAGGGAACAGAUGAAGAAGAAGAACAGUAAUAAAGCAACUUACUUCUUACCGAGCAGCCAACAGAUGAAGGACUUAUCCUCCUUUGCCAUGACUCCUCUUCCACGAGGUAACAACGAUGAGGAUGUCAACGUAGCUGCUUCACACACUAACGAACCUAGUUUGGUCCCACGCUAGAGAAAUAAAUCUGGAUCGUUCGUUCGUCGAAGAGUUGAAAACAAUCGUGGCCCAUCC